AAAAAGAUGAUAACGUAGUUGAAGUCGAUGAAGAUGAAAUAGUUCACUCCGAGAACCCUUAUGGUGAAAUAUACAUGAAUGAUAUAACUACCCCGGAUAUUCCAUUGAGCCGGUUAGAAAGUGCCAUUACUGAAAGGGGGAAAGAUGAUAAUGAUGGAUUCCAAAAAGAGUACGCGACAUUACCUUACGGUGAAAAUUACCAGUGUGAUAUCGGAAAAAGGAAUGAAAAUCUUCCUAAAAACAGAUUUAAGACUACAUUCCCUUAUGACCAUUCUAGAGUUAUAUUAAAGACUGUACCGGACUACAUACACGCUAACUAUAUAGAAGGUGCUGAUAGAGAAAAUGAAUACAUCGCUGCACAAGGACCAAAACAGAACACUGUUUGUGAUUUUUGGUCAAUGGUUUGGCAAGAAAAUGUUUCUGUUAUUGUAAUGCUGACGAAUCUCAAGGAAAGAAAUAAGGUGAAGUGCACCCAGUACUGGCCGGAAGGAAACAAGCACAUAAUCUACGGAAUUGUGUCAGUAAAAAUGAUCGAAGAAAAAGAAUAUGCAUUCUACAUUGUACGAAAAAUGACUGUAAUUCAUAGGGAGACAAAGAAGUCACGUGUGGUGACCCAGUUUCAUUAUACUUCUUGGCCUGACCACGGAACCCCAGAUCCUCUGUGUCUUGUUGUUUUCCUUUAUCACGUGACCCGAACUGGGACCAGUCAGACCGAAUCUCCUACUGUUGUACAUUGCAGUGCAGGAAUAGGUAGAACGGGGACGUACAUAGCAUUAGACGUCCUCAACCAGAUAGGAAGAAAGACGGGGAAAGUGAACGUAGCAGAAUUUGUCAAGAAGAUGAGAGAAAACAGGAUGAAUAUGGUCCAAACAUAUGAGCAGUAUAUAACUAUUUUCCUUGCCUUAAACGAAAUAUACAAAUCCCCUGUGAAUGUAAAAACAAUUGAAGAGUUCACUGAAAAGGCACAAUCCAUCACAAUGAACAAACCAGCUAAUCAGAGCAAACUUCAUAAAGAAUUCCAGCUUUUGAUGAAAGUACGACCAACAUACACUGACUCUGAUUACAAAUUAGCUAAAGAAGGCUGUGAUGGUGCACACACGAAUGGUAUUUUACCUUUAGAUAAAUUUAUUGUCCAUCUCUCAUCUGUUGUGUCCAAAAGAGGAAGUUUCAUCAACGCAAUUUAUGUACCAUCAUAUACCAACAGUAGAGGGUUCAUAGUGACGCAGUAUCCAUCAACAGAGGAGGUUGUAGACUUCCUGAGCCUGCUCAAUGAUCAUGAAUCUGACACUGUAAUUUGUAUGGACCCACUGAAUGAGAUUGAUUCAAGUACAAAAUGGUUACCAAGUCCCUCUUCUUCCAAGGUAGUCACUCCUUUUACUGUUCACUAUCAAUCAAAGACCGGUACUGACGUCAUAAGUACUAAUAUACACGUCAUACAGAAUAAUAGUGAGGAGGAAGCUCAGUCAAUUACGAUAAUAGAACCGAAAGUUGCCAUCAAAACAUCCGGAAACCCUCUAGACACAACCCAGCUUAGAGGACUUGUACCUGCUGCUCUGAAUUCUGAGAAAGAAAAACCCAUUACAGUUGUCAGCAAAGAUGGCGCAUCCCUGUCAGGUGUUUUCUGUGCCAUCCACAACGUGAUACAACAGAUUAACAUGGAUGACAGGGUAGAUGUCUUCAUUGCCGUCAGACAGCUUCAAGUUCGAAGACCAGAGUUCUGCCCCAAUUUUGAUGAGUACAGUCUGGUCUUUAGAUCCGUAUAUGAUCACAUACAAAGUUCCACGGAAAAUAUUUACAGCAAUCAGUAAAUGGUGGAUACAGAAAUGGUGUACCUUUUAUAAACUGAGAAAUCAUAUCAUUAACUUGUGAGAUUGUGUGGUUUUCCUUUGCCAAAUUUGAAUAUGCUCAGGAAUUUGUCAAUGUGAUCUACACACCUAUGAUGCCAAAAUCGUUAAAAAAUCUUUGUUGAUUAAAUUAAUAAAAGAAUGUAGAGUUAGAUACAUGAUUACACAUUUACCAGCCUAAAGACGCACCAAAAACCUUGUGUAUUUCAAUAGAUUUUAAAAAUUCAACAAUUCCCUGUCGGACACAUUCAGAAAAAUUCUGUAUAUGCCAGCAACAAAGUCUUCAGGAAAAUAUUUCUGAUUGUCUAGAGCAUCCUGUAUCAGAACCAGAGCUUAUUCCUUUGCAGGAUAUUAUAAAGUAUUAUAAAAUGCAAGACUAAAAUGAACAAACCCUUCAUGCUUGAAUUUUAAAGUU